GAAAAAGAAAUACAUUCCAUGGAAUUGGACCCCUCUGAAAACUCCAACUGGCUCCUUGAUUAUGGCAUACCUGAUUUCCCGCCUCCAGCUGCCGCCUUCGCAUGGCCUUGUCAAUCUACUCUCAAUGCUCCCUCUAAUGUCAGUGCUACAGUUGAUUGCUCCUUUGCUGAUUCAGAUUGCUUGAAGGAUGUUGUCUCUAGGAAAAGGUUGAAAUCGGAAUCAUGCGGUGGAUCCGGAUCGAAAGCAUGGCGGGAGAAAUUGCGGAGGGAUAGAUUGAAUGAUAGGUUCUUGGAACUGGGUGCCGUUUUGGAGCCUGAAAGGCCAAUGAAAGCAGAUAAGGUUGCUAUUUUGAGUGAUGCUGUAAGAAUGGUGCGUCAGUUACGCAGUGAAGCGCAAAGAUUGAAAGACUCUAAUGAGGAGUUGCAAGCAAAAAUUAAAGAGCUGAAGGAAGAGAAGAACGAGCUUCGCGACGAGAAGCAGAGGCUGAAAGCAGACAAGGAGCAAUUGGAGCAGCAAGUCAAAGCCAUGAGUGCACAGCCAGGCUUCUUGACGCAGCCCCCUUCAAUAUCUGCUGCAUUAGCUGCUCAAAGGCAAGCUGCUGGAAACAAGUUGAUGCCUGUCAUCGGAUUUCCAAGUCUCGCCAUGUGGCAAUUCAUGCCACCUGCUGCAGUCGAUACAUCACAGGAUCACGUUCUUCGCCCUCCAGUCGCAUAAUAUGAAGCUUGUUGAUUGAUGAUUUGAUUCUUAUCACCAGUCUCUUUAUGAUUGUUGCUUGUUUUACUUAUUGCUGUCAUGAUCUUUGGUCUAUUGUUAUAAUGUUAUGUGUGAAUGUGAGAUUGUCGAGUAGCCGGAUAUUCUAUCACGAAAACCGGAACUUUUGAUGGGUUUCCGCUACUCAAAAUGUAAAAUACAAUAAAAUAUAUAUACAUGAGCUGUAACACUGGUUUAUACAUAGUCUUGCCAUGAGUUACAGUUUCAUGUGUUUUGGAAUGCUUUCCCUUACUAUAAUAUAUACCAAUGUUGUCAUUA